CACAGUCGCGGAGAAAACGUGCAUUCAUCCCGUGUGAGACACUGACAGCGACAAACAAACCGGGCAGCAGUCGGAGAGCUGCUUUCACAAACGUUACAUAUAAACAGCGCUACACAAAAAGAAAGGCUUUUAAAGGGACGCACGUGCAUGCGUGUAUGUGUGUGCAGAUAUUUGGAGGCUUUCGAGGAAUCAAACGCUGCUGAUGGAGCUGCUGUUGGUACACUGAGACUUAGGACACUAGUUGGAACCACUGUCACUACUGAAUUCAGGUGUAUCCUGACAUGGAAUAAUUUACCACAUUUAUUAAAGGAAUCGCUGAGAAACUCAUUUUCGCUAUCCAUGGUGCUCGAAGGCAGAGGGAUGGACCGGAUCGGGACCACCAUGCAGAAGAAGGCAGCAGAACUGGAGCGGUUGGCAGAGGUGCUUGUCACCGGAGAACAGCUGAGGCUGCGCCUCCAUGAGGGAAAGGUGAUUAAGGAUCGGAGGCACCACCUUCGAACUUACCCAAACUGCUUUGUAGCCAAGGAGCUCAUUGACUGGCUGAUUGAACAUAAGGAGGCUUCCGAUCGAGAUACAGCCAUCAAGAUCAUGCAGAAGCUUUUAGACCAGAGCAUCAUUCAUCAUGUGUGUGACGAGCACCGCGAGUUCAAAGACAUGAAGCUGUUUUACCGUUUCAGAAAAGAUGAUGGCACAUUCCCGUUGGACAGUGAAGCCAAGGUCUUCAUGCGGGGACAGAGGAUUUAUGAAAAGUUGAUGAACACAGAAAAUAACAUAUUACAGACCCGAGAAGAGGAAGGCGAGUCUUUUGAGAGGACACUAGUGGCUUCAGAGUUCAUCGACUGGCUGCUGCAGGAGGGGGAGAUGCCGACCAGGGAGGAGGCUGAGCAGCUGGGACGAAGGCUGCUUGAACAUGGAAUCAUUCAGCAUGUCACCAAUAAGCAUCACUUUGUAGACGGGCCUCUCCUCUACCAGUUCCGUAUGAACUUCCGGCGACGGCGACGACUCAUCGAGCUUCUUCAUGAGCGCAGCCGGAGCAUCCCUGAGAGCCACGACAGCCCCUUCUGUCUCCGAAAACAACCUUCGGAUGGAGGCAACACCAGCUUCCUCUCAGUGAGUCCCACUAAAGAGAUAAAGGUGGUUGUUGGAGCUCGACGGAGCAGCAUGAGCAGCAGUUGUGGCAGCAGUGGUUAUUACAGCAGCAGUCCAACACUCAGCAGCAGUCCACCCGUCCUCUGCAACCCGAAAUCUGUUUUAAAGCGGCAAGUAAGUCCUGAAGAGCUUCAGACACCAGGAGGGUCUUUUAUAAAGAAGACAUUCACUAUUAUUGGUGAUGCUGUUGGCUGGGGCUUUGUGGUACGAGGCAGCAAACCCUGUCACAUCCAGGCUGUGGACCCUGGUGGACCUGCAGCUGCCGCUGGCAUGAAAGUGUGCCAGUUUGUGGUGGCUGUGAAUGGACUCAACGUCCUCUGUCAUGACUACCGGACCGUCAGCAACCUGAUCUUGACUGGACCCAGGACAAUCGUCAUGGAAGUGAUGGAGGAGGUACAGGUUUGACAAGAGCUGCCGGAGGAGAAAACCUUAUACACAAAGGACAGAAAUGCAGUGAUAACGAGGAGACUGGAAAGUCUAGCACCUGACCUCAAAACCAUAUUGACAGAGAAAUAUGGAUGAGUUAAAACACAACUCACACUAUCUCUUCACCAUCACUACCUCCUGUUUGGACAAGGUGGUUUGAUUGAGAAACAGGGUGUGUUUCAGAAUGAGGGUGUUCGGGUUCAGUAAAUGACUCCACCUGCAGAGAAGAUUUGCAGCCUGUUGUGGAAUUUUUUUUCUUCAAGAGUAAAAGUGCAGGAACGACAACAUUUAUGAUCCAACUUUUUCUGUGUAUGCAUAAAGUCUGUCAGUCUUAAGUAGACCAGACUUUAUAUGUGGAGCAGAAAAACUGCAUUCCCCAUUCGUUUUAUAACAUGAUCUAAAACAAGCAUUCUGAUCCUAAGAGUGUUAAAAGGACGUCAGAGGAGGUGAAACAAAGUUCUGACAUAACAACCUGAUGAAUAAAUCAAAAUUCAAAGCUGAAACUGUAAAAACAAACAUGUAAGUUUCCAGCUGAUGGCAGUUUCUGGCUGUUGCACACUGCCCUCUGCUGGGUAAGAUAGGAAGAUGCACUUUUUAUGACGUUGCUGUCUUUUGGGUUUGUUUUUGGUUUUUUCCCUUCUAAAAUACAAGACAUCAACAAAAUUUUGUUUUGUUUUUAUGUCUUAAGUUGGAAAUGCUCAACUGUAGACACAGUGAUUAUCAGAUAAUGUUUAACUUUAACACUGCUGCAGGUUUAAGCAGGUUUCUAAAACAUUAUAAAUCAUUUUAGACAGUAACGACCCCUUAAUUCUCUAAUAAUGUCUUUUUUUUUUUUCAAAGGAUGCCUGAUAUGCAGACAAGAAACUUCAGCAAUGACACAAAAUGCCAUCAUUUGUCAGAGUUUUCAUAAAUUAGAAAUGAGUGCUGUUUGCAUUAGAUGUGUUUCAUACUUACAUUGACAAAUAAGUCCUGAACUAUUACCAGUAUCAUGCUGUGCAAAACUGCUAUAUUUAUAAUCUCUAAUUUAGAAGUAGCAAAGAAUAAAUUAAGUAUAGUGUUUUCAUUUUUUUAUUAAAAAAAACCCUACAAGAACAGAAAUGUGAGAACAGAAAUGUGAGUACUUGAAUAACAAAGGUGUUCAGAAAGUGUUCCCUUAAACAACAAUGAUGGUUUCUUUCUGAGUCUGAACAAAAGUUGAUCUGCUCCAGAAUUUAAUGCAUUCUUCUUUUGUUCAUGCUCCAACUCUAAUAAGUUUCUUUAACAUUGGUUUGAAACUUUUAGGGUAAUAUUACAAAGAAGUUGGACAAAAUGUUCCACUCAUAAACCUCUUUGAAAGAGGUUAUCAUAUCAUUUUAAUUAACAAACUAACUUGACAGAUUAAAUCCUCCCCUUUUGGAGUGAAAAAAAAACCAAAAACCUCAAAGCGGUAGAUAUACAGUAGGUACAUAAUAUCUGACAGCUGCCCUUAAUGUGCAUCUCCUGAGGAAAAAUAAGUUCCUCCUUGCCUCACUAACCUCUUCUAUGAUAAUCUGUGUUACUGUUUUAGAGCGUUAUGUGUGCAGUAAUUACACACCUACAGGGAUUACAGACAGCAGACAGCUGCAGAAAAUGUUAAACUCAACAGGGAUAAAGAUUUUAAAGAUCAGAAAGAUAAGAUGUUUUUUGGUCAGCCUCUGGUCUUACUAGAGUACUUUUUUGUUUGUUUGUUUUAAAGAUAUUUACACUGGGAUGAUGUGUACUCUCAAUAAGAAGCACUUGGAUUCAAGCAGUUUUGAUGCAUAAAUAAAGGGUUCAGCCUCCACAAAAGCAUUUAACUGUAUGUUUAUAGACUGUUCUAUUGUGUGGUUAAACAUGCUAACACAAAAAGAUUUCAUUUAAAAGAUAUUUAGUAAAAGGAAGACCAUAGAUUAGUGAUUGUCUCUGCUUAUGCAGUAAAUCUGUAGUCUUUAGUAAAAUUAGUCUACCUGUUUGUUUUAGGGUAAACUAUUCUGCAUCAAUAGACGAAUAUUUAGUUUAGACCUCGAUUAAAAUUAUUACUAAGAAACUGAGCAAAUAAAGUAAAGUGAACUUGUUCUCCUCAAUGUGAACAUACAGUGUGUUUGAGGAAGUCUUGAGUGUAAACAAAGCUGUUUAAUUAUCCUGUCACAGUGAACUGCCUCCAGAUGUGUGUGUCGCUUUCUUGAUGUCAUAGGCAGUGAGAUGCAUGGAAGCUGUAAAUAUGUUGAUUUGUAGCUUUAGCUUCUAAUCCAAAGCACUUCCUCAGCUCUCAUAGAACGGAUUAUCUGACAAAUCAUUGUAGAGGUAAAGCAGUCAGGCUUUUGUUUAUACAUCAUAUUGUCAUUAAUGACAUCCUCUGUUUGACUCUGCUGAACACGGUGCUUCAUGCUGCUGAUCUCAUGAGUCCACUUAUGUUGUUUACAGACAAUGUCAUUCGUGGAUGCUUCAGUGAAGGGUCACUGUAGAGGAAAAACAUGCAGAUAUUUUUCAAUUUUUUAGUAAAUGUUUAUAGUUGUAUCUCCCAUGCAGCCAUACCACACAUCUCUUCUGUAAAUAUUAUCACUUAAUAACAGUUAACAUCUGUUUUUUUUCUGUUGUCUUCAAUCAGGAACUUCAUUUGCAGUUUUAAAAACAGUUUUCUUUAAUUGUGUAGAAAAUGAUCUGGUUGAAGGCUUUUCACAUAAUGCAGACGAUGGACAAUGUUGUCUGGUGGAAGCAAUUGUUUUGUACAGAAGGAUAAAGGUUGUAAAGUUUUUUUUUUUUUUGUAUUUCCCAGAAAUGGAAAUAUGCUAAACUGGUUUGUUGUACUGGGUUGGAUGAAGCUGGGUUCACUGACUGUUUAACUCAAAGUCUUUGCCUUAAGGUUUUAUUUUGCUGCUAAUCACAGCUGGUGGUCGUCUCAUUCCUCAGCUUUAGCAUUGAAAGUGUUUGUUCCUUCACUUCUGCUGACAAUCAGUGUUUUCCUGCUGCCACCUUUAAAAAGCAGCAAUCUGAGCAGAAUGUAUCUGACCAUCAUCUAAUUGUGCUGUUGACAGUAUCAUUUUUUAACAUUAAGGAUUCAUAUGAAUAAAGGGACUCUUAAAUUUGUGUUUUCACCAUGAGGCCAAGUUUUAUCAGGUACAGCUGUGUGUUUUUCUCUCAGCCAUCAAAGAUCGAAUGUUAGGUUUUAAGGUAAUAUAAGCUCACAACACAAGUCUCUUUCAUUGCUCUGAUGUAUUAAAAAAGUUAAGUGUUUAAUAAACAACCUGAUUCAACCCUGAA